AGCUGAGUUAUCUCGCCUUGUCUUCGCCUUCGCCUCAGCGAUUCAGCUCACUUCGCUUCGCGCCGCCGAGCAAGACAGACGUGUGUGCGGAGAGUGCUGAGGCUGCGUGAAAAUAUAACAGAGAUAUAUAUUUGAGCUCCCGGCGCCCGCGUCGUGCUAAUAACUGUUAUUUGUUUACCUUUAUUUUUUUUGCUGUUUUAAAUCCCUGUGAGUGCCGUUUGGCCGCCCUUCCAAGUGCAUUCAAAUUAGGAAGUGCAAAGAAAGAAGGAGAGAGAAAGAGCGAGAGCAAGAAAACGUGCGACAAGUGGUGGAGAUUUGUGGAUUUGGAUAGAGGAUUUAGCUGCCCUUCGCGGUUCAUCAGCAAAACAGAAUGCAGCUCUGAAGCAGCAACUACGCCUGGAAAGAGACAGCGAGACAGCAGUAAAAAGAGACGAAGGGAUAAGCAAGUGACAAAGGGUACAAAAGAGUGGGAUCUGCUUUGCAAUGGCUGGAAUCAGGCUAGUUUUGGUUAUCCUGACCACCUGCAUCUGCACACUGCAAGCCAGCGACACUAAUUCGUCCGCGGGAACCACCUUAGGCGUUUUGUUUGAGAGGGCACCCGAAUCAGCGGUAGCCCCCAAAGGAGAUGAGGUGGUCUUCGAGUGCGAACUGAAUCUCAAACCUGAUCGCCUGGAGUGGCGAUUCAGACACAGUGAUUCCUCGGAACCCUAUCGAUACCUGAGACCCUCGGCUGGCUACAACGUGACCAGCGGUAGCGAUGGCCUUGCUUGGAGACUGCGCAUCUAUGUGAGUGCCCAAACGGCAGGAGACUACCAGUGUGUGGCUUGGUAUGGCCCAGGAGCACUGGCUUCUACGCCAGCCCGCUUGGCCUUGGUCUCGAUUGCUUUGGACGGCGGCCAGGGAUCCUUGGCAGCCAUAAGUUCCAUCCGCUGGAGUGUGGCGCCCAAAAACUGCCUGCUCAUUCGUUGCGGCAGCGUAAUAUCCAAUCCGCCGGCUAUUUGGAGCUUCUACAGGAACGGAAAGAAGCUACCACAAUCGGAAUUGCUUCCCGGCGCUGCGGGGGCUCUGGUUUUGGAUACGGUCACCGCCAAAGAUGCGGGUAACUACUCAUGCGUUGCGACGAAUUCCAUAACGGGCGAUGAGCUUUGGCUCCCCCAAACCAUUGAAUUAAGAGUGGACUACACGGACAGGACACCGCCGUACUUUCUACAACGUCCACCCACCGAAUACUCAGCUCGUCCCGGGGAAACAGUGGUGCUGGAGUGUCCCGGCGUGGGAUCCCCACGACCCAGAGUCAUUUGGAGCAGUCCCAACGUGGUUGGGAUCUACAAUAACAGAAGCAACAUCCUGCCCUACGGUUUGCAGAUCACCGAUGUGAGGCCCGAGGAUCAGGGUUCCUAUAUCUGCAUGCUGGACAAUGGCAUUGCACCACCCAUCGAUCACACCAUCAAGUUAAGUGUUCUGCAGCGCCCCACAAUCUUAAGAGGACCUGCCGCCACUCUGACGAACGAGAGCAAUGCUUUGUUACUGGACUGCUCCGCCUCGGGAAAUCCCCAACCCGAUAUUUACUGGCUCAUAAACGGGGAGGAUGCCACCAAAGAUCCGGAGGCCGUGGUGGAUAAUCGGAGUCUGCAGCUGAAGCGAGUUCAAAAGCGUCAUGCUGGCGUGGUUCAGUGCUUCGCAAAGAACAUUUUGGGAGAGACAAGCCAGGGAAACAUACUGCGAGUGAAUCCCCUGGAUAUCACUGGCGAGGAUGAGGAACCACUCGGAGGAGUUCCCGUGUGGUCAGUCUAUGAAUCGAACAGUGGAAUGGGGUCCUCGUCAACUCCAUCUGGUGGCUCCAAAAACAAGGGCGGCAGGCGAAAGUUUAAAGCGAGCAUGGUGCCUCCAUCGCGACCCAAUGUCACCCGGCUGUCGGACGAGUCCGUAAUGCUGCGCUGGAGUGUGCCACAAAACUCUGGACUCCAGAUCACCUUCUUUAAGGUGCAGUAUCGCAAGUUGGGCGAUGGGAAAAAUCGGCGAGAAAACUGGCAGACGACCAGCGAGAAUAUUCCGUACGGAAACGCCCACGGAUCCGGUCCUGGCCAGGGAAACAGCCACUGGCGGGCGCGGAAUAGGGACAGGGAGUAUGAGAUGGGCAAUCCGCCCAAGAAUUUCACCUCCUCCGUUACGGGACUGACUGCCGGCAAGUACUACCGCUUCCGGAUCGUGGCGGUGUACUCCAAUAACGACAACAAGGAGGGCAACACCUCUCUCAAGUUCUUCCUGCAGAAUGGAACCGCCAAGUCGAAUCUGCCAGUGCCGGAACUGCGCGUGGUGGAGAUCCUCCGCGAGUCCGCCAUGGUGCUUCAUUGGUCCCUGAUAUCCUCGACUCAAAAUGAGGAAAUAGACGGGUACUAUGUCUACUAUAGGCCAGCGGACUCAGCAGCGGAAUAUUUGAAGGCCACGGUGGAUGGCGGAAACAGCAGGAGCUUCAAAAUAGACCUCCUUCGUCCAGGAACGCGCUAUGAGUUCAAAUUGCAAUCGUUUAACUCCAACGCAGCCUCUGAAUUUAGUGCUAUUCGUCAAGCAAGUACCGGAAGUGAGUUCAUCCUAGAAGCCCAUGAGCAACCUGCUUCAUCUUCGUCCACACCAGGGCCAGCCAAUAAGACAGUGGAUCAGCAUCAGAACUCCGUAUAUCCAGUGAUUGCAGGAGCUGCCGGCGGAGGCAUACUACUCCUCAUUGCGUCGUUGGUAGUCUGUCUUUGCCUAAAAAGGCGGGAAAACUCUCAACCGGAGGAUGAGAACAAACCGCAAUUGGAGCACAUCCAAGCGGACUUUGUUACCUCCGCCGUCCUGGGAGUUGGUGGUCACCACAAGAGUGGCGAUGUGAGGCGCCUCAACGGAGUGAUUCCGAGGAUGAACAUUACGCCCAAUCCGUUGGCCCAGGAAACGGCGUCCGAUAAGAACCGCAACGUGAUGGAGCUGCGUUUCCUGCCGCCGCUGGCGAACGGAAAUGGAAAUGGCAACUGCAUUGCCAGGGAUCUAGCCCUGGAGCGUCCGAAUGCGGAAGAGCAGCAGGAUGAGGAUGGAAACGAAGGCGAUAGGGGGCUUCCGGUGGUUGCCUCGUCCUCGUGCGAAACGUUGGAGGCCUGCGACGCUGCAAUUAAACUGAAUCUCCACCAGAAACCUGACCAGGAGCAGCAGGAUGCUCAAAAUGCUGUGCUGGAGGCGCCCAGCAAGCCGCUACCGCCGCUGCCAAAGAAACCAGCAAACGGCGCUGGCCAAAACAACACUGGCCUGCAUCAGAAUGGCCUUCACCAUGCACAGCCGUACCAUCCGCCUGGCACUCCCACCUUAAUGCACAAGCGACUGGACUACCACCAGCAACCGCCGCCGGUGCCGCCACACUCGGCCUACUACCAGCAGGCACCCACUCACCAACCCUCGCCGAUGAUGGAGCGCAGCGUCAGGGGUCACCAGCAGCCAGGAGGCUACCAUCUCGAAGAGGGCACACCCACGCCAACCAGGAUCCCAUCACUGCGGCGACAGCGCCGCACCUCGGGCAACCAGCAGGUGCACAAUAGCCACAGCAAUCUCAAUAUUAGCCUGAGUCACCACCACAACAACAAUAACAACCUGCCGCCGCACCACCAGCAUCUGCAUCACCAUCCCGGCCAUCCGGGUGGCCUGGUGGGCAUACCCAUUGUGCCCGGCAGUCCCAGAGUCCAGAGAUCGCCGAUGCCGAGCAGGGCGAUGAUCAAAAGGACGCGACUGGGCAGCCACACGGACAACAUCUCAUCGGGCAGUCUGAACAGUAUUGAGGUGUGAUGGCUCGCAGAGGAGCAGCAGAACGACCGGGCGGAGCAGCACAACGAGGAGAAAUAUACCUAAGCCGCAAGCGAAAGUAGUUCCCCAAAAAAGCAGACAGUUUCAUGUAGACUUAAGGAUCCGAAACUAGAUGUGUAUUAUUGAGGUAAACGUAGAACAGGCCGGCAGAGCAGUUUGAAACCCUCGAAUAUUAGCUUUAAGGCACCAGGCACCCGGUACUGUUUAGUUUUCCAAAAACCAAUCAAUUUGGCCAAUCAUUAAGCUUAAAACUAGGAUAUUUGCCAUUAAAUGAGGUUUCUACAGUUCAAUAUACUCAAUAUAACUUUGCAAACGAGAAAAAAUCUAGUGAAGUUGUUCUUUUGAGCUCAUUUAAAUGUAUUUCGUUUAAGAAGAACGUUUAAAUUGGUCUGAAUUCAUAAUUAAACAAAAAAUAAACACCUAAGCAGCUAAGUCGUUAAACGCUAAUGCUGCUUGAUUUUGUUUUAGGUAGAGAUUGAUUCUUAAAAAUUUACAAACUGUAGUAUAAGUAAUUGGUAAUGUAACACUUUUCUCGUUGCUGCCGGCCAGAUAGUCAGUAGAAUUACUAAUGUUAAGUUUUUUUUUUACUAUUUCGGUUUGCGCAUCCCACUGGGGGCCAAAUUUCAACUCGACUAAGCCCUGUAGCAUAGCGUUAUUUAUUUAUUGCAUUGUAAGCGCCAGCAACUCGAAUUGAUUAGUUCAAUUAGGAACUAAUUUACGUUUAAGGCAAACCAACUAUCUAGCAUAAGGGCAAUACAUUUCAAGAUGUGACUAAUACACAAAACCCAAAUGAAAAGCAUCCUAAACUAGAUUUAAGUUCGUAGGCGGCAGUUUUAAACGGAUAUGCGAGUCUUGAAAUAAAAAAGUGAAUCUUCAAUUUAAA